UUUUUUCAAAGUCCGAUUCUUUUUGAAAUUUGAGUCGCUCUCCCAACGAACAUCGUCAUUCUGAUCCUGUUCACAUCGGUCUUUGUCUUUAUUACCGAUCUCUUGUAGAUCUCCCUCCACUCGGAAAAACUACAGUCCUUUCUUGCUCCUGCUCGUGAAUUCUUACAAUCUUCUCGGUUCAAUCGAGUUUCCGAUUCAUAAUCUCGUUCCCACUUCUGUGUUUACAUCAAUGGCGGAGCAAACCACCGAUUCAUCAUCCCCAGCUGCUUCUCCUCUCGCUCCAAAGAAAGAAGACAUUGCUCCUGCUAAUCCGAAGCUCGCAGAACUGAAUGAAUCAAGGGUCCAGUUGCUUAACAGGAUCCAGAAUCUGAAACAGGACUUGCAAGGUUGGAGAAGUAAGUUGGACACCCAAGUUAAAGUAUACCGGGAGGAGAUGACAGAGCUGAAAACUUCUCUGAAUCUCGAGGUUGAACAGCUUCGCAAUGAAUUUAAAGAACUGAAGAACACUCUGCACCAGCAGCAAGAGGAUGUUGCAGCUAGUCUCAACAAUUUAGUCCUAAGAGAUGACUCUGAAGAUGCUAAAGAGCAAAAAGACGAGAAAGCCGAGGGCAAAGAUGACGAUGUUGUGAAAGAAGCAGAGCAUUAGAUGAUUCAGAUUUCGGGUUUUUGUUUCGAGAAUUUUUCCCCGAUGCCAAGCAGUUGUGUCAGAUUAUUCGAGUACUUGUGACUUCGAUCAUCAGUUCGUUUUUUUAUUGAAUCUGCCGCUAUUGUUGCCGAACAUGGAACCAAAUAUAGUAACGGUUGUGUUCUAAAAGAAGACCUGGGAAAAACCGGAGCCAAGCCUCGAGGGAUUGGAAACUAAGAAUGGUCAUUUCGGUUUUCGGUUUGGAUUCGAUUUGUUUAUAUUCA